AUGUUGUCUUUCCUCCAUUUCCUCCCCUUUCUCGCCAUUCUAAAUGGUGUUUUGGCUGACCCAAGCAUGGCUGAGUUGGAAGGUACCUGGACUUCCAAAUCGAACACCGUCUUCACCGGCCCGGGCUUCUACGACCCGGUUGAUGAGCUCUUGAUCGAGCCUGCCUUGCCAGGAAUCUCCUACUCUUUCACAGCCGAUGGACACUAUGAAGAGGCAAUGUACAGAGUGAAAUCCAACCCUCAGAACCACUCGUGUCCUAUUGCAUCUAUUACAUACCAACAUGGUACUUAUCAGCUCUUGGCCAACGGAAGUUUGGUCCUCACACCGAUCGCUGUCGACGGAAGACAACUUUUGAGUGAUCCAUGUAACAUUAGCCCUAACCACGCUCAAUACCAAAGGUACGUGCAACCCACUUGGUUCAAGACCUACCAGGUGAUGGUGUCGCCAUACUAUGGUAGAAUGAUGCUCCAGAUUUACCAGUUCGAUGGCUCUAUGAUGCAGCCCUUGUACUUGGCUUACAAGCCUCCAAUGAUGUUGCCUACCAACGCCUUGAAUCCAACGGAUAAGUCCAGUGAAACUUCUUCCUCUUUGAGCAAAAGAAUGAAGAGAUCUUUGGAGAAUCAAUACAGAACCAAUGCCGUGAGAGACUACUCCAAUCCGCUUUUUGAUUUGAUUUGGUGGGGUGCCGUCGGUUGUUUGGGUUUGGGCUCUGCUGUGUACAUUAUUCGCUAA